GGGAUUUUUUUUAUAUUACUAUGACUUCGACAAACAAAGCAUUGCUGGUUGGUUUGCUCUCAGGCUCUGCUCUUACGCUUCUAGCCACAGGAAUUUUUCGUUAUUUGAAUGACAGCAGAAAGACAGAAGAGGAAGGACUGUCUGUACCCAAGAUCGUAGAAGGUGUUGACGGUUUAAUCGGCAACACACCGCUGAUGAAAAUAAGAAGUCUUUCUGAAGCCACUGGUUGCAUUGUACUCGGAAAAGCAGAGUUCUUAAACCCAGGAGGUAGUUCUAAAGAUAGAGUGGCACUCAAUAUGAUUCGAACAGCAGAAGCACAAGGCAUCCUCGAGCCCCAUAAAGGUAGUACCAUUUUUGAGGGUACAGUAGGAUCUACAGGUAUUUCGAUUGCUACCAUUGCUCGUGCAAGAGGAUAUAAGGCAUGGAUUGUCAUGCCUGAUGACCAAGCCAAAGAAAAAUAUCAGUUAUUAGAAAAAUUAGGUGCUACUGUAGAAAAAGUGCGCCCUGUCAGUAUCAUUGAUAAAAAGCAAUUUGUGAACUUGGCCCGAGAAAGAGCAGUGACUUUCCAUGAAGAUGAAGCCAAGGGUUAUUUUGCUGACCAGUUUGAAAACGAGGCCAACUUCCAAGCUCAUUAUACAUAUACUGGACCUGAACUCUAUCAACAAACCGGUGGCAAAAUUGAUGCAUUGGUGUUGGGCGCUGGCACAGGUGGUACUCUAUCUGGCAUCACUUGUUAUCUUAAAGAACGUAUUCAAGAUCUCAAAGUAUUCCUAGCAGAUCCUCAAGGCUCUGGCCUAUAUAACAAAGUCAAAUACAAUGUCAUGUAUGCCCCUACUGAACAAGAAGGCAAUAGAAAGCGACACCAAGUAGAUACUGUAGUGGAAGGAAUUGGCAUUAACCGUCUCACAAAGAAUUUUGAUCGAGGAAGACGUUUUGUGGAUGAUGCUUAUCGUGUGACAGAUGAAGAAGCCAUCAAAAUGUCUCGUUUCCUUGUGAGAGAAGAUGGAUUGUUUGUCGGCAGUAGCUCAGCUGUCAAUUGUGUGGGUGCAUACAAAGUAGCUAAGCAAUUGGGUCCUGGUCAUGUGAUUGUCACCCUAUUGAAUGAUGGUGGCCAACGUCAUUUAACCAAAUUUUGGAGUGAUGAUUAUCUGAAGGAAAAUGGCAUUUAUUUUGAACUUGGUGCUGAAGAAACGCUGGUUGAUUUCAUUCAAUAAGAUUGUCAUGUAUACCCCCUCUUCUUUUACUUGAAUAAAUUAUCACGUGAAGUGUUGUUUGCUGAGGUCAGUUCUUUUUGACAUUCAAAGGCCCUGUAUUU